CAGACCCAGCAGGGGAGAGCCGAGGGCUGCGCGGGGAGCGGCGCAGGUGUCACCCUGCACGCGGAAGUGCUCUGGUCUCGGUCUGCGUUAUAAAUCAGGGCUCGAGUCACCCGGCCCCAGUGCUCCGGAACGUGUCCUCCGGAGCCCCGCGCCGCUGCGUAGCCCCUGCCGGCUCCCCGCGUACCCCCAGCCCCGGCACGUCCCCGGCCGCCCCAGACCGGCCGGGCGCUGCCCGCGCGGGGCCUCGGAGCAGCCAGCCCGCCGACGGGGUUGGACUGCGCCUCGCCGGGCAGGAGGACCGCGGUCGUGGGGCCCCCGCCGCCUCACGCAGGCAACAUGAAGGUUUUAUUUGUGGAACCUGCCAUCUUCCUGAAUGCAUUUGCCAUGACCUUAACCUCGCCGCUGACAACGCAGUAUGUGUACAGGAGAAUAUGGGAGGAAACGGGCAACUACUCCUUUGCAUCUGAUAGCAAUGUUUCUGAGUGUGAAAAAAACAAAAGCAGCCCGAUUUUUGAAUUCCAGGAGGAAGUUCAGAAAAAAGCGUCUCUUUUCAGCCUGCAGAUGGAAAUGAGCGGGUUGAUUCCUGGCCUGGUGUCCACAUUCAUACUGUUGUCCAACAGUGACCUCCACGGACGAAAGCUCCCGAUGAUUCUGUCUUCCGCCGGGGCCCUGGCCACCAGCGUCUGGCUCUGCCUGCUUUCCUAUUUUGCCUUCCCCUUCCAGCUUCUGAUUGCAUCGACCUUCCUUGGUGCACUUUGUGGCAAUUACACCACCUUCUGGGGAGCUUGCCUUGCCUACAUAGUUGAUCAGUGUAAAGACCACAAGCAGAAAAUUAUCCGGAUAGCUGUGAUCGACUUCAUACUUGGACUUGUGACUGGACUCACGGGGCUCGCCUCUGGCUACUUUAUCAGAGAGCUCGGUUUCGUGUGGUCCUUCGUAAUCAUUGCCGUGACGCUGGCUGUCAACCUGAUCUACAUUUUAUUUUUUCUCGGCGAUCCAAUGAAAGAGCCUUCGCCGGAGAGUGUAGCUAUGUCGUGGUGUGAAGGCUUUAAAAACCUAUUUUACCGAACAUAUGCGCUUUUUAAAAAUGCUUCCAGGAAGCGGCGGAUCACGCUCUACUUGUUAAUUUGUACCGUAAUCACAUACUUCUUCCUGGUGGUUGGCAUGUCCCCGAUUUUUAUCCUUUAUGAGUUGAAUUCACCGCUCUGCUGGAACGAGGUUUUUAUCGGUUACGGGUCCGCUUUGGGGAGUGCCUCUUUUUUAAGCAGCUUCCUGGGAAUAUGGCUUUUCUCUUACUGCAUGGAAGAUAUCCACAUCGCCUUCAUCGGCAUCCUCACCACCAUGUCGGGAAUGGCUCUGACUGCGUUUGCCAGGACAACUCUGAUGAUGUUUCUGGUCAGGGUGCCGUUUCUCUUCACCAUCGUGCCGCUGUCUGUGCUGCGGGCCAUGCUGUCCAAAGUGGUUCAUUCUACCGAACAAGGCACCCUGUUCGCUUGCAUUGCCUUCUUAGAAACCCUGGCUGGUGUUGCCGCAGGGUCUACUUUUAAUGGAAUUUAUUCAGUCACAGUGGAUUGGUUCCCGGGCUUCACUUUUCUGCUGUCUGCCGGUCUGUUACUAAUCCCACUGAUCAGCCUGAGCGCCGUCAAGUGCAUCAACUGGACCGAGGGGAGCUACAGGCUCCUCUUACAGGAGGAGCCGAGGGAAGAGCCGUCAGGCUGAGGACACCCACGCGUGGUCGCCCACGCCGGGCAGUGCAAAUUCAGAACAGAACUCAUUCCACAAUCAGUGCUCCCGCAUAAUCAGUGUUCCACCAGCUCCUGGCUUUAACUGCUUAUGGCACCAGGCACUUGAAGCACUUUGUCUUCUCAAGCAGUACAUUUCCAACACAGAGAAGAACAAAUCUCAAAAUACUGCUCACUUGUGGACUUACAAAAGAAACUCAAAGUCAAGAGUAUCCAGACAGAUGAAGACACCAGAUGUGAUCCAAAGCCAUCAUCCGCCGGACUUCCUCCGGGCUCGCUGCAAUCGAGAACUCUUUACAUCCAUUCCUUCAUCUGCAAAAUGGGUUUCUGAUAUAUCUCAGGGAUUCUGAAGACAUAAGAAAAAUCACAGCAACUCACUGAUAAAUGGUGAUGCAAAUUUUCAAAUAUUUCUAAUAUAAUUUUGCCUAUACUUGGAUAGUGCUUGAUUUUGUAGAGCCCAUCAAGGGGCUGUUGAUAACCAGCUUUGACUAAGAACAAAAUCCUAAAAAGGAAAGCAUUCCUCCACUUGAGGGCAGCAACAGUGAUUACCCAUUCUGUCCUCUGAAAAGAACAUGCUUCUUCAUUUUCCCUCGUGGGUUUCAUCCGCGACCAGCAUGAUCAUAUUUUUAUAUGCAACACAGAGGUGACUGGGAAAAAAGACUAUAAAUGAAAUUUUCCUGUAGAAAUUUGAAAAACCACCAACUGUGGUGUAAAGUAGCUUCUACUGUAGCGCCAGCACUUGUUCCUCACGUCAGUGGGAUAUACACAUUCCGCAAACCCUGGCUGGGAGUUCUACCCUGAGCCUUUCUCUCCCAGCUACCACGUGCACAGUCCCCAUGGCCCAGAGAACUGCGUUUCUAAAACACACACCUUGCAGGGUUGACACCCAUGGGAGUAGGAUCCAGCAAGCAUGCUGGUCCCGCCCCGACUGGACCCCUUCCAGUCUUGUUUCCUGGCACCCAAUGCUCAUCCCCAGACCCCUGAGGUCCUGGGAAACAUCACUCGGUCCUCUUCCACUAGCCCUUCAUCCUACAUCACAGUGAGACUUCCCAGUGCCAGCCACACCCUGGCCUCUGUGUUCCCCUGACUCCCCAGGGCCUACGGGGCCCCAGCCUCCCCAUACACCUGGGACUUCCAGCCCAGCAUUUCCCACUGCCUUGGAAUUAUUUCCCCUACUGGACAAUCAUCUCCUGAGGACAGGGACAAUGUUUGAUUUAUUUUUUGUGGCCUCAGUACAUGUUCUCUAAACUCAAUUAAAUGACUACAAAAUUG